AUGCAGCUUACUCUCUUCAUCAAGAUGCUUCCUCUCUUGUUCAAAGUACUUCCUCUCUUGAUCAAGAUGCUUCCUCACUCCAUCAUGCAGCUUCCUCUCUUGAUCAAGAUGCUUCCUCUCUUGAUCAAGGUGCUUCCUCUCUUCAACAAAGUACUUCCUCUCUUCUUCAAAGUACUUCCUCUCUUGAUCAAGACGCUUCCUCUCUUCAUCAAGAUGCUUCCUCUCUUGAUCAAGGUGCUUCCUCUAUUCAUCAAAGUGCUUCCUCUCUUGAUCAAGGUGCUUCCUCUAUUCAUCAAAGUGCUUCCUCUCUUCAACAAACUGCUUCCUCUCUUCAACAAAGUACUUCCUCUCUUGAUCAAGGUGCUUCCUCUCUUCAACAAAGUACUUCCUCUCUUGAUCAAGAUGCUUCCUCUCUUCAUCAAAGUGCUUCCUCUCUUGCUCAAGAUGCAGCUUCCUCUCUUCAACAAAGUGCUUCCUCUCUUGAUCAAGAUGCUUCCUCUCUUGAUCAAGGUGCUUCCUCUCUUGAUCAAGAUGCUUCCUUUCUUCAACAAAGUACUUCCUCUCUUGAUCAAGAUGCUUCCUCUCUUCAUCAAGAUGCUUCCUCUCUUCAACAAAGUACUUCCUCUCUUGAUCAAGAUGCUUCCUCUCUUCAACAAAGUACUUCCUCUCUUGAUCAAGAUGCUUCCUCUCUUCAUCAAGAUGCUUCCUCUCUUGAUCAAGAUGCUUCCUUUCUUCAACAAAGUACUUCCUCUCUUGAUCAAGAUGCUUCCUCUCUUGAUCAAGAUGCUUCCUCUCUUCAACAAAGUACUUCCUCUCUUGAUCAAGAUGCUUCCUCUCUUCAUCAAGAUGCUUCCUCUCUUGAUCAAGAUGCUUCCUCUAUUCAUCAAAGUGCUUCCUCUCUUGAUCAAGGUGCUUCCUCUAUUCAUCAAAGUGCUUCCUCUCUUGAUCAACAUGCUUCCUCUCUUCAACAAAGUACUUCCUCUCUUGAUCAAGAUGCUUCCUCUCUUCAACAAAGUACUUCCUCUCUUGAUCAAGAUGCUUCCUCUCUUCAUCAAGGUGCUUCCUCUCUUCAUCAUGCAGCUUCCUCUCUUCUUCAAAGUGCUUCCUCUCUUCAUCAAGAUGCUUCCUCUCUUGAUCAAGGUGCUUCCUCUCUUGAUCAAGAUGCUUCCUCUCUUCAUCAAGAUGCUUCCUCUCUUGAUCAAGGUGCUUCCUCUAUUCAUCAAAGUGCUUCCUCUCUUGAUCAAGGUGCUUCCUCUAUUCAUCAAAGUGCUUCCUCUCUUCAACAAACUGCUUCCUCUCUUCAACAAAGUACUUCCUCUCUUGAUCAAGGUGCUUCCUCUCUUCAACAAAGUACUUCCUCUCUUGAUCAAGAUGCUUCCUCUCUUCAUCAAGAUGCUUCCUCUCUUGCUCAAGAUGCAGCUUCCUCUCUUCAACAAAGUGCUUCCUCUCUUGAUCAAGAUGCUUCCUCUCUUCAACAAAGUACUUCCUCUCUUGAUCAACAUGCUUCCUCUCUUCUUCAAAGUGCUUCCUCUCUUCAUCAAGAUGCUUCCUCUCUUGAUCAAGGUGCUUCCUCUCUUGAUCAAGGUGCUUCCUCUAUUCAUCAAAGUGCUUCCUCUCUUGAUCAAGGUGCUUCCUCUCUUCAACAAAGUGCUUCCUCUCUUGUUCAAAGUACUUCCUCUCUUGAUCAAGGUGCUUCUUCUCUUCAUCAUGCAGCUUCCUCUCUUCUUCAAAGUGCUUCCUCUCUUGCUCAAGAUGCAGCUUCCUCUCUUCAACAAAGUGCUUCCUCUCUUGAUCAAGAUGCUUACUCUCUUCAUCAAGAUGCUUCCUCUCUUCUUCAAAGUGCUUCCUCUCUUGCUCAAGAUGCAGCUUCCUCUCUUGAUCAAGAUGCUUCCUCUCUUCUUCAAAGUACUUCCUCUCUUGAUCAAGAUGCUUCCUCUCUUCAACAAAGUACUUCCCCUCUUCAUCAAGAUGCUUCCUCUCUUGAUCAAGGUGCUUCCUCUAUUCAUCAAGAUGCUUCCUCUCUUGAUCAAGGUGCUUCCUCUAUUCAUCAAAGUGCUUCCUCUCUUGAUCAAGUGCUUCCUCUCUUCAACAAAGUAG